AUGCAACAUGCCCAAUCUCAGUCUAGCAAUCACAGCCAGGCAGGGAACCAGGGACCGCCACAAACCUCUCAGCCUCAGCAAGGGCCUCUUCGUCCUCCAUCCGCGAUAGGCAGCCAUCAAGGACAGUCGUCGCCAGCUCCUCAACCUACGCCUCAGCAACAGCCACAGCCACCACCACCGCAGCCACAACAGCAGCAACAACAGCAACAGCAGCAGGCUCAGCAGCAACAGCAGGCCCAGCAACAAGCCCAACAGCAGGCUCAGCAACAGGCUCAACAACAGGCCCAGCAACAAGCUCAACAACAGCAACAAUCAUCCCAACCGCCACAAUCAGGCCCAGGGCCACAACAGCAGACGCCUGCUCCAUCCCAACCGCCCAACCUACCUCAACAAGCAAACCAACAAGCUCAAAACCAAAUGCAACAACGGAAUCCAGCACUAGUACAACAAGCUCAGGCACAGGCUCAAGCGAACGCUGCCCAAAACCAGGCCCGUCAGAUGGCAAUGAUGAAGCAGCAGCAAGCACAGACUGUUUCUUCAGGCCAGGGAACACUGAAGUUGCUGAACUUCGUGGAACAAAUAGGAAACUUUAACGGCACAAACAACAACAUUGAGUGGUGGCAAGCCUUUGUGGAUAGAUUCUUCGCCGAGUCUGGAUCCUUUGUCCACAUCGUUUGCUCCUCAAGUACAGAGAGAUCUAAGCAAUUCGAAAUUGUUUACGCCGCCCUACCUCGAUACUUCUACACACUCUUCAACACCGACGUCGCCAGCUUGCAAAUCACCCUGGAUGCAGCGACAGAAAAGGUCUCAGGUGCUGAGCUCAAAGUAACUUGUGAGCGAGCAAAGUUCAUCUACACAUACAAGAACUCUUGCCAGGUUGUGUACCAAGGCAAAUUGACCGCGUUCUGGUCUGGCUCAGAUAAGCUGGAGUGGUUGCUGUUCGACGGUCUCGGCCACGAACAAUUCAUACCACUCAAUGCUCUGAAGCAGAUGUUUGUUCAACCUUCGCCGAACCAACUGAAUCCAAAUCAGUCGCCGCGGAUGAAGAAGAAGGCAGGACCACCGCAGCAACGAGGGGUUGAGCCGCCAGAAGCGUAUCUACCUAUCAACAAGCUGCUCAGUGCUAGUACUACAGACUAUGGGCUGCCUCACGGUUUGCAGGCCUAUCUUGAGAUUUACGAGCCAAUGAACCACAUGACAAGCUUGAUGGUACACUACCUCGAGAACCCUCAUAUGAAGCCAAGCGAAGCUCUGGAGUCAUGGAACAACAUGGCAAACACCCAAGGCGGUCCUCAAGGCCCGCAGCACCCGAACCAAGGGCCUCAACAGGGACCAGGCAUGCAACCUAACAUGCAGCCCGGCCCGCGACCAGGAGGCCCCGGCCAGCCCCAAAUGUUCAUGUCACCCGCGAUGCAGAACUCCCUUCUUCCUAACGGAUCAAUGGGUGGGUCGCCUCACUUCCAACAUACACCCUCGCCUAACUCGCAGCCCAUGAUGAAGCAACAGAGCACUAGUUCACACACCAUGAGCGUCAACACAUCUCCAAACAUGAUGAACAACAAGCGGCGGCGGAGCACAGUAAAGAUGGACAACGAUGACGGUGGCGGAGAUAUGAACGGCGGGCAAAAGGUCAAGCAAAGCCCAAGGGUGGGAGGUAACAAGAGGAUGAAGGCGGGCAACUAG